AUGCCCUUGGAUAUCUUAUUCCCAUCAUCACAGAUACCAGAGAGUUAUGCCCGCCCACCACACUGCCUGCUGUGGGCAUCUGGACUGUCUGCUGUUUCUGGUAAAAGAGGCUUGCUUUCCUGCCUUACCUGCACCAGGAAAGGAGCAACACCCACCCAUGAUGCUGCUGCCACUGGGCAUGUGCGAGAACUGCAGUGGCAGCUAGAUGGGAAUUGUGUGAUUGAGGAUCAUGAUGGUGAGGGAGCGAUGGCCCUGAACCUGGCUGCCAGGUUUGGCCACGUACAGGCAGUACAGUUGUUGUUGUCUGAAGAAGGCAGCAAUGAUGUGGAGACAGAAUGUGAAGCUCUGCCUGUCCAUUAUGCAGCAGCCAGUGGAUAUAUCACCUCCAUCAAACUGCUCGUGUUUAACUCCAAAAGAUGUGUGGAUCGCCAGACAAGCACUGGAUCCACUCCACUAUAUCUGGCUUGUCAGGAGGGUCAUCUGCAUGUGUUUGAAUAUUUAGUGAAAGAUUGUGAAGCAAACGUUCAGUUGCAGGUGAACGGGAAUUAGAUGCCAGCCUUAGGGUUGGUGAAGCUUCAGGUUACCAGCCGCAUAGAUUCUAUGGGGUAUGGGGCCAAAUCUAUAUGCCCUUGCAGGUCACACCUACCGAUGACAUGGACCAAUGACAGAAAGAAGGUGUUAAGUAGCCAGUAAGAUUUUUUGCUAAAAGUGCGGCUAGGCGAGCACUUAUGAACCACCGAAAUAAAUGUAAAAACAUUUUUUGGUCAGAUUUUAUUCUAAAUUACUUCACACCUGCUCAUUCACAAUUUCAUAUGAAGUAUAUUGGGGCCUUUAUGCUACUCUAAUGCAUGUGACAUCAAAUAAACAAGAAUUAGGUCAGAAGUAAUUCAGUAGUAAUCCAAAAGAAUAUAAUCCAAGAGAUUAUGUUACUGACUACAAUUUUAGUGAUUUGAUUUGUAAUCAGUACCAGAUUGCAAUUCUGAAAUAAUCUACCCAGCACUGGAAGUGGAAGUGCAGCGUAGUUCUAGCGGGAAGACUAGCAGCUGUACAUCAUCACAUCAUUAGCUGGGUAAUUCCUAGCCAAUCGCAUGCAAGCCAUUGCUUUAUAAGUCCGCUCACAAUCUAUCACAUUGCUGUUUCUGUGUGCUAA